UUUUUUUUUUUUUCUUUUUCCCCCUCCUUCUCCCCGUCUUCUCCUCCUCCCUUUCUUAAUUUUCAUAUGUAGCCCAUGAACUUUUAACUCUCAUGGCUCUGAUUGGUCAGAGACCAACAUGGGAAUCCCUAUCUGCAUUUAGUAGCGGCACGAUGAGGCUCGUCAGGGGCGUGGUCUCGUUGUGAGCCUGCCUCACGUGCUCCCCAGGCACAUUUUGCCUCAGCCAACUGGUGCAGAGGAAAGUUGUAGCUCUCUGUCCUCCUGUUUCCGAGAGACACGAUGACAAGCAGUGUUGGGACAGUAAAAAAAUUGUGAUCCCUCCAGCGGAGUCAAGAGCUAACCCAGAAAAAUGAAUGGCGGAAAGGAGAGUGAGAGAGGGGAAGGGGAGGGGCAUUCUACGCCUACCCAGGUGCCCAUUGGCUGGCAGCGAAAGGUGGAGUCCACUGGGGUCAUUUAUAUCAGUCCCAGUGGAUCGGUGCUGUCCAGCUUUGAACAGAUGAAGUCCUACCUUCUCAUGGAUGGCACCUGUAAGUGUGGCCUGGAGUGUCCCCUCAUCCUCCCGAAGGUGUUCAAUUUCGAUCCUGGGGCCGCUGUCAAACAGAGGACUGCAGAGGAUGUAAAGGCUGAUGAGGAUGUCACAAAGCUUUGCAUCCACAAGAGAAAGCUCAUAGCUGUAGCCACUCUGCAUAAAAGUAUGGAGUUACCGCAUCCCUCCUUAACAUUGACCAGUCCCAGUGGAGGCACAAACGCUGUGACGUCCAUGGCCCCUACAAUUCAGCGGUCUGCAACCCCUCAAGCAAUAAGGAAUAAGUCCCACGAUGGGCUGCCCAAUUCAACACUACCUUUCAAGAUGAUGAUGGCAGCAGGUCAGCGACACUACUCUGCAGAGAAGAGCAGCACUCAACAGCCAGAGCAUUUUUCUGGAUAUCCUCGACAAAGAUUGGGCAGUAAUGAGCCAGGGCCUAAAUCCCCCUUCCGUAGUGGACCUGGAGGCAUGCUGAGCCCUUCAUCAGGUUUGCAGGUGUACGGGGAUGGCUCCCUGUCCCCUCGAACAGACUCUUUGGGUAGUCCGGAUGGAUUUGCAAGAAGCAAUCCCUGUGGCUUUCAGGGGGCUGGUAGUCCUAGCCCAGUUCAUGGCAACAGCAGGACACCCUUGUCUCCUCCUGGUGUCAUGGUCCAUGGUUCUCCUGUCACCCAGUUAUCCUGUGCCAUGGUUGGAAGGACUAACACACCUCUUUCCCCUCCAGUUCCCAACAAAAGUCCUAUAAUGAAAAAGCCACACUGUAAUGUCAGUUACCCACUUAACAUGGACAUGACCAGAGCAGUAUUUCAUCACAAGGCGCAGUCUGCCACUCACCCCAUUGCUCCCCCUGUCAUGCCCUCAACAUGUGUGGUCCAGAAAAAACAGAUGAUGUCUGAGAAGGACCCUCUGGGAAUUCUAGACCCCAUUCCUAGCAAACAUGUGAUUCAAAAUCCCAUGACAAAUCCAAGUCCAUCUAACUUCCUGCCCAAUGCCCACACUCAGGUACCAGUGAUGAAUGUAAACAUCCCUCCUGCCAUUGUCCCAUUGCCAAGCAACCUUCCAUUACCAACAGUGAAACCUGGGCCAGUAGGCCACGGUGGACACAUGCAAAGGACUCAGCAUGGAGCAGCCACCUCCAUCUCUCCCUCUCCAGUAACGUCUCCUGUGCACAUGGCAGGGCCUGUAAUGGGCCGCAUGGAAGCAUCUCCACAGCGAUCUCGCUCUUCUUCCACCUCAUCGGAGCAUGGGAGCUUUGCCAUGCCAUCAGGGCCUCAGGCCCCAUGUGGCAGCAUUAAGGUUCCACCACGCUCACCCAGAUCCUCUAUGGGUUCACCCAGACCCACCAUGCCUUCCAGUCCCUCUUCCAAGCCUGAUGCACUCCAUCAAUACAAAGACCCCAACCAAGUUCUGUCGGGAAUGAGUAAUGCGCUCAACAGUCAGCACAACUCCAUGUUUCCCCCAGCCUCAGGCAGUAGUGCUCCGCAGAAGAACCACCCUGGACUACUGGGCAUGCCCCUCAACCAGAUCCUCAACCAACACAACUCUGCCUCUUUCCCUGCCAGUAGUCUACUCUCAGCAGCAGCCAAAGCACAGCUAGCAAAUCAAAACAAACUUGGUGGUAGCAGUGGUGGGAUAGGUGGCAGCAGUGUUGGUAUAAGUGUCGGCACAGGAAUGGGUGCUGGUGGUGUGGGAAGUGGAAGUUCCACUCUUGCCAGUAGUAGUAACAACGGAAAUGCUGGCAGUGGCAUGCCUUGCCCUGUUGGUAGUGGAAGUAGUGGUAGCAGGGCUGUCGAAGGGCACAACAAUUUAAAUCCUAUGUUACCACCCAGCUCGACCAUGCUAAUGCCCAUGCCCGAGGGCCAGAGUGGACGAGCAGCUCUGCGGGAUAAGCUUAUGGCUCAGCAGCGCGACCCUCUUCGCAAGCGCAAGCCACCUCCUAACGCCGGCGGUCACGACAACAUGGUUUUCAGCAUGAUGAAAUCGGACAUGACCAGUCCUAGGCCGACAUGCCCUCCUCCGGAGCAAAUGAGGAAAGUGCCCCGGCUCGGAGGUCUACCGCCUAACACCUCCAUGGCCCAGCUUCUUCAGUCUAUGAGCAACCAGAGCUCCCACAUGUCUCGGAGUAGUCUGCCAUUACCUACAGUUGGUCCUAGUCAGAUCCACUUUGGAGAGGGUGCUAUGCCCCCUGGCAUGUCCCAGUCUAACAUGCAGUUACAACAACGGCUUCACAGUCAAUCAGACCAAAUGCAUUGUUCCAGCAUGGAGUCUGGUGCACAGGGCCCUCAGACUCCAUUCCCUGGAAUGAUGAACCAGAUGCAAGCCACGGCUAUGGGGAACUGUGGACCAAUGGGCCAAAGUGGACAGGUUUCCCUCGGACAUCCUUCUAUGGGACAUCCAAGCACUCACCCACAGCAUCUGCAUCAUGUCCAUCAACAGCAACAAGGCAUUUCUCACAGACACAUCCGGCCAAAUAUGUCCUGUAUGGUACCCAAUAACAAUGAUGCUAGUUGUGCUCAAGCCAUGUCUGAUACAGGCAACGUAUCGUCGCUGAACUGCAGUAUAGGUAACCCUCGGAUAAGCAGCAUCAUGAGCAGCACAGGACACAUGUACCAGCACCAUCAGCUGCAUCCAGCGCUCCAGAACAUGCAUGGGGUCUCCCAAUACCAGGCCCAGAGUCACGCUUAUUCGGAAACGCCGUUUCCUGAGACUAAUGCCUCCAACAACAUGGACUGUCUGUACCAGGAUUACCAGGGAUGCAUGCCAGACGGUACCCCGAUCUCCCAUAUCAAGAUGAGCUCACAGCCUGGUGUGUCAUCGCUUCCUGCUGAGCCAGUAAUGUUCCAAGAAGGUCAGCAAGAGCUCCAGGGGCAUAACGAGGUCACGUUGGCAGCGGGCGCUGGAGGACCGGGGUCAGAGCAGUUGUCGGGUGCUGGCACAGAUGCGGCGGUGGAUGUGUUGUAUCGGACAGCAGUGGACGCAGCCAGUAAAGGCAUGCAAGUGGGUAUUACCACGACAACAGUGGGCAGCGGCGGAACGCAGGCCAGCCCGGUGCCUGCACUCAGAGCCAUGACCGCCUUCACCGCCUCCAUCGGAGAGCCGCACGGCUUGCCGCACGCCGUGAACGCAGUCAUCCACGGGCCGCGUGGGCACGAAAGCGCAGACGUCCUGGUGCAGCCCUGCGCUCGGCCUCCUCCACGUACUCGAAACAACCGUGCGCGCAGGACCUCGGAGCAGGGCAAGUGCACGCCUGACAGCACGGACACACACGACUACUUCCGCUCGCCCAGUCAGCAGUGGGAGGAACACGGCCACGCCCACUGGAGGGGGGACGAGUUUCUCGAAUGUUCGGCGCAGGUGCGCAGCAGCCCGUGCAGCGACGGUAGCGAGAGAGCUUCGAGCGCCGCUGACCCGAACCCGCAGUGCCACGAGUCGUCCGAGCCGGCGGGUGAUGGAAAUCCUGGAAACUUCCGCUACAACCAGCUUCCCCUCCACGUCAAUUUCAAAGAGCGGCUGGAGCAGACGGUGGAACGUUGCGCCCACGUUAACGGCGGCCCUCUGUGUGCACGAGGCGGCUAUAAUGAACCGCUAACGGGCGAUGACCAGUCCCCCAGCUCCUCUACCAGCUUGGAGGGGCCGCUGUUGAAGGACUACGCCCACUUCAACGGGCACUUUAACGGGCACUGUGCACCAAGCCCCUCGGACACAAAGAGCCUGAGCAGCGAGGAGGAACUGCGCCACCCUGAUUCGCCCUCCGCUGAGCUUCUGCACUAUCGGCCAAGAGGCUUCAACGUGGGGGAACUUGUCUGGCCAAUUAAAGGUUUCUCUCCCUGGCCUAACAAACUAGUAGGGGAGGAGCACGGCCACAAUCCCAGCAUGCAACUGUCCGAUCAAGCCAAGGUAGAGCCCGAGAAGCUGAAAACACUAACGCAGGACCUGGAGGCACUGAACAGAGCUGCCAAGAGGAACAGAAAAGCUGGGAAAUUAAAUAAUCAUUUAGAAGCUGCUAUCCAGGAAGCCAUGAGUGAGCUGGACAAGAUGUCAGGCACUGUUCAUCCGAUGUCCUCAAGAGAGCGAGAGCGGCAGAUAAAACUGCCCAAACCCAAAAGGAGGAAGAUCUCCAGAUAACAGAGAGAGACCGAUGUGAACCGAACAGAAUCCAGCCUCGCAGGAUCCAAACACACUUAUUUUCUCUCUCUUUCUCUCUCUCUUUCUCCCUCCAUUUUCUCUUUCUCUUUCUUAAACUUAGACCUGGUGCUAUAUCCUAGCAGAUGGCUCAUCAUGGCCCCGCCCUCACAAAGUGACUGACAGGUGCUGGAUUAAAGCCAAUCAGAAAUGGUGGCGAAUUUGACUACAACUCACUGAAGAACUAUUUUUUUCUAGAAUACAAAGAAAAUAUGGAGAGGGGGGGGGAAAAAAUGAAGAAAAAAAAAAUUACUGCAUUUAAGAGAAUAGACAGUCCAAAUAUUUCUGAUACAUUUUCAAUGUGUAUAUAGACAAUACAGAAAUUUCAUGGUGAAAUCUUGGGAAGAAAUGUAAAUAUUGUACGAUAAAUGCCAUGUACAAGCAGACGAUGCAUACUUUAUCUUCAGUUGUACAAAAAAAAACAAAAAAGGAAAAAAAAAGAAAUCGAACGCAGAAAAAACAUCUACCAAUGUUGCUGGUUUCUAUUCAGUUCCCGGCCCAUACGGCUUUAUGUGAAUAGGACGAAAUAGAGUCAGUCGGACGAUUUUAUGUGCUUCUUUUGGAGUGUGUGCGUGUGUGUGUGCGUGUGUGUGUCUAUAACUGGCAGGAAUGGAGAUAACCUUAAACAAUGUCAUACAAUCAUGCGCCUGUAACAGAAUGGUUGUUUACAGCUGUGUGUGUGUGUGUGUGUGUGUGUGUAGUGAGUGGACUUCACCAGCUUGAACAGGACAUUGAUCUGAGUGUUUGAGCCCCUUUGGUUCUCUCACAAAACACUACCAAAAUUCUCAUCCUGGUUCUUUUAUUUCUUUUGUAAGAUUUGGAAAUAUCCGUUUCACCGACUCAAACAAACAAACAAACAAACAAACAGCCGAGCGUACUAAUGAAUCUCCAGCUAAAUCUGCAGGUUGAUCAGAAACAUCACCUAACGUGUUCAAAUAUGACCGCCAUCGAGUUCAAAAGUAGGUUUUGCAGUGUAGGGGCCUUAUUUUCUUUUCGUUUCGUUUUAUAAAUUAUUUCUGUACAGUAUUCUGUAUUUAUUUUUUAGUUGUUCAUUGCAAUAAUGCAACCCUGAGCGAAUGCUCUGUAAAGCCUUACAUGUGUAUGUAUAAAAGCUUCUAUCUCUAUGUAUUACUCGUGAGAGUUACAGCCUUCUUAUUCAGUAUUAUUCCUCUAACAGAUUAACAGAUACUUAUAUAUCUAUAUCUAUAAAUAUAUACACACACACAUAUAUAUAUAUAUAUAUAUUAUUUUUGCCCCGUACAGUGUCAUAGCUUGAGAUAUAUCGGUGUUACUGUUACUAUUUGCCCGUCUCAUUCGGACGAAACUCCUCCGUCUCAGGGAGAGCUGUUGUCUGUUCAGACUUCACUUCAAGAAGAAAGUUCUUGAAAUACAGUGUUCAAUCUGAUUUGUGUGUAAUUACACUAUCUGGCCACUAGAUGUCAGAGAUUAGUUGAGAGAAACGUAGAGAGCGAAGUAACACUACAGUCCUACUUGAAACACUAACGAGAACAUCAGCGUAUUCUUUAUACGUUUUUCUUUAUAUGCUCUGAUUCGUUCGAUGUGGUGAGAUCGUGAGCCAAAAAUAAAUAAAUUGGCGUGUAAAACACGUGAUCGGUCUCACUUUUCCUUGUCGGUAGUGGCAAGAAAAGAAGGUGGUAGUUGUAAUAAACCAGUCAGUACCCGCCAAUGAGGCGUAUUUAAUAAAGAGGUGACUGUACCUUUAAGAUGUAAGAGUCUACCUCGUGCAGGAGGUUACAAAAAAAUGACUCAUGAAAGUUUGAGAUCGAACUCUUACACUCAGAAAUUGAUGUAUUGAUAUGAGUUUAGCGAAACAUUUUAGUAUUGUGUGUGCGUGUGUGUGUGUGUUUUGUAGGUGUGUGAUGAAACGAACAGUUACACAAAGGAAUGGAUUUUAACUUCCGAAAAUUGCGAUUCAGUUUAUGCCUUUAUUGUUGAUUAAUAGGAAAUACACUACUAAUUGUUCUGAGUGCAAUAUAACAGAAUACGGAUCUGAAAGCAAAGCAGCCGUGUUUUCUCACGUGAAUGUUUUUUUUCUUCUUUUCUUUCUUUCUUCUCGAAGCCUGUUAGACACAAAACUGUCCGCGAGAUGUUUUUCUCACGGCUUCUCGUGCUGAAGUCUGCACAGUUCAUGUCCUGAGGUUCUGGUGAAGUCCACUCAGAGCACAGAACACAUCCCUUUCACUCAUAAGGUCAAUACCGGUUUUGUGUUCGGAUUCUCAGUGUUGUUCAUGGCUUUCUGAUUUAUUUUUUUCUUCUCCUCCUUCUUUCGUCUUUUUGCUCGCUCUUUAUAUGAUUGGUAUGACCAACCUUUUACUGCGUCAGUCCUCACUCGUCACGUCAGCAUCAGAGGCUCCACUCCUCCACUUCUUCUCUCCCAAACCGACACGUCAAUAAGUAUAUAUUUUGCCAUUGAUAUAUACUUUACAGCCUUCGACUUUGCAAAGUAUGUUGUGCACUUGAUUUUCUUUCUUUCAGCCAGCUAUGAUGCUGAGAUUAGGGUUAGUUUGUUGAAGUCAAUUUCUUCUUUCUUUUUUGUUUGUUUGUUUGUUUUUUUGCUUUCGUUUCGUUCGUUUUUUUAGAUUUUUAUGGGUUGUCCUGAACAGCAGUUUUGUAAAUAUUGUGAACAUUACAGGUCAUACUGUGAUGUAACAUUGAAAUAAUGUUGCACCGAUGUUUCAAUUAAAAACUGAUCACUCAUACUUGAAA